AUGAUCCAUCCGGAAGGUGCUGCUGCUGCUGCUGCUGGGGCCGGUGCUGCUACUAUGCCGGUGACGUUUUCGUUCGAACCGUUCAACCCAGCUGCUGGAAAGUUCGAUCGGUGGUUAGACCGAUUGCAAAUUUCGUUCCGGAUCUACAAAGUAGCCAAUCUGAUGGACGAGCCACCGCUGGAGAAAAGCUACGAUCAAAUUGUGAUGAUUCUCAAAAACCACUUCACUCCUGCUCCGUUGGAAAUAUUAGAAAAUUUUAAGUUCCAAAGCCGUAAACAAUUGGAACAUGAAACGUUGAGCGACUACCUGAUGGAUUUGGAGAAAUUAGCCCAGACUUGCAAUUUCGAAGCCCACCUAAACAAAGCUAUCCGGAACCAGUUCGUUUUCGGAAUCCGGAUCCGUGUUAUCCAAUCGCGAUUGCUGGAAGUGCGCGAUUUAUCACUCGAGCGGGCGAAGGAGAUUGCGUUCGGUAUGGAGAUGUCGUUCCGUGGGACCGACGAAAUGCAUGGUUUCCGUCUUCGGCCGUUUGCUGACGUAAAGUACAUCGAGCACGGCAAAACCAAGAAAAAGAAGAGCAACAAUCAACUAUCUUCAACCAACUCGACUGCAGCUGCGUCGUCUAAAAAGUACGAUGGCCAAAAGAGAACAUGCUACAGAUGCGGUGAUGAUGGUCAUUUGGCCGACAAAUGA